AGUUGCUCGCGACCUUUCGGGGUAGCCCUACGUCGCGCGUCGUUGCUCGUCCUCGAUAUUCGCGGCUAAUAUUUCGAGUUCUCUGUUCUCAAUUUAAAACUAAAGUGUGUAAUAUAAAUUUAUUUAUUUAUUUAAAAUUAAAAAUAGUGUGUGUUUAUUUUAUUUUUUUGAGAAGAAUAUGUGUUUUUAGAGUGUUGUGCUGGCUUUUUUUUUUUAUAUUGGAUGUGAGAUGUUGGUCUUCAAGCGUGAAGUCCUUCAGUGAAUUUCCUCGCGAGCCUCUAUAUAAACUGCAGUACAUAUGAAGCGCAAAAUAUGCAGAACAUCAUUCAACUGUGAAGACAUGGAGGAGCUCAAUGUGACUGCCCUGUCUCGACGAAAGGAGUCCGCGGCUCCAUUGACGGGAGAAAGAGACAGCACGAUAUUCCGACAUGGCUUCGGAUACCCUCUCGCUCUGGUGUUAAGACUACGAGUUUUACAGAUAGUAUGUGGCAUAUCAGCUAUGGUGAUGGGCAGCGUGGCCUUCAUAGAAGAACGACAGAAGUUCAACAUGGGGCUGGGCAUCCCUGCUGGGGGGAUCAGCGUUUUAGCAGCAGCGGUAUCAAUUCACACGUCUCGCGGGUGGAGCGCGAUGUCAGGCGUAGCGGGCGCGGGAGCGGGAGCGGCGAGCGUUUUGUGGGCGGCCGCAGCCUGCCUGCUUAUAGCCCUCGUCGUGCAGUGCUGCAGAACUAUUCUAGAUCCACCUGGAAUUGAUCAUGGAGACGGCCCCAACGAAGAAGACACGAUACCAUCAUCGCGCGAUUUAGUAGUAAUCGCUUGUGUACAAAUCGCUCUCGCUGCCGCCACGCUACUGAGCGCGGCGAUCUGCGCGCGCAUCGAUUGUGGCACAUGACGGGAGCCACAGCGCACGCUCACCCGACGAAGAGUGAGCGAGGCGCCUGUACCCGCUACCGCUGUCGCCGACACUGUGAUCGCACCCGAAGAAGUUAUAGUCGAAAGGGAAGGCAGUCGGGUAGCCUGGCUUAUAUAAAUAUUUGCGUUGGAAUUCACUUGUGAAUUGAAAUAAAGGACUGGACUUAGAAACUGAGUAAGGAUCGUGAUUUAAAGUGAUUAGUGAGUGUAUAUUUAACGUUUUAGAUACAGAUAAGUGUAAGGUUUAACUAUGUUACAGUGUACAAAUCAUCACUUACCGCCGUACUCAGAGUCAUUUAAUGGUCACUUAACCCAGUCCUUAGGAAUUGUUUUCGGAACAAAAUCGUUACUAAGGAAUAGUUAAGUAAUCAUUAAAUGUCUCUGAGUACGGCACUUUAUAUCAUAAGAAAUGGUCACAUUAUGUUUUACAGGAAACAUAGAGAGUAAUUGAGUAAGUCUUGACUUAUAUUUUUCCACGGCUUGAAUAUUGUUCGAAACUUUUGAAGUGAAAUAUGAAACGACGUACACAAAGGCAUAGUUUGCAUAGUGGUUGAACGUUUGACUACUGCACUAUGUAUGCCAAUAUUCGACAUUGUACAAAUAUUUGAAUGUCAUACAAACGAGAGAGUAUGUUUAGAUUCUGUAAACAUUUUCUAUUGAAACAUAAAUUCGAGCAAAUAUGAAUGUUACUACAAAAUUUUUAGAUAUUUACCGAAUAAGAAACAUUGAGAGAACUAAACCGGCUUACCUAGUACUGGUGCAGAAUUGGAUCAUCAAAUAUUCUGUUCAAGAACCAACACAUUGCUUUUAAGUCUAAAAGACAUCAGAUUAUCCCAUCAAUUCUCUCCAAUUAUAAAACUGUAGUAUAUGCAAUUGCUUCGGUAAAAGGAACACAAUAAAAAAUACAAUAAGGUCUAAAAUUACUGAACAAAAUCAAAUCAAGUGCUGAAUGAAUCCACAAUCCAAUAUGUGAAUUUAUCCAUUUAAUUUUAUGUAUGAGUACGAGUUUAUGUUUCAUUAGGUUUAACACGCAUCGUGCGUUGGUAUUAAUUAGCGAUUUUGUCCGUUAAAUUUGUUCUGUGAGCUCUAUUAUUUUGGCCUUGUUGGUGGGAAAUGAUCGUGUGCACAGUAAACAUACUGUAUAAUGCCUGUAUAAUAAUGUUAAACAAUUAUGUAUCCAGCAUUUCAUCGUUGGUAGUUUUUACGUAAUGGCCGACAAGCACCAUUUGAAAAUACAAUAUUAGUAACAAUAUUUAUACUUGCGCUACCUGUACAUAAUGUAUGUAUAUUGUAAUUAAUAACUAAUCCAAUGACUAAUAUAUAGCUAAACUAUAAAAUAAAUUCGAAAUAAUACUGAAUUUUGUAAUCUUUCAACAAUCAAACUACUCAUAUGCGACAUGCGACUAAUAUGCUAGACAGUUGCACAUAGACAUGGCUUUUAAUCAGCUAAGGCACAUUUUACAUAGUUUAUGUGGCCUAUUUAGCUGAUAAAUACUUUUAAUUCGUUACUAUAGUAACAAUAUACGACAUCCGUAAAUUUCCAGACAGUUUCAAUAAUCCUUGUCACAAUAAUUUCUUAGCAAAUUGAUGUCGAGGGGUUCCCCAAGGAACGAUAAUGGAACCCAAAAUGACUAUCAGGCUUGGCCUAAAAUAUUUCUUCUCAGACCAUUUUUAAAGAUGUCUUAAAUAAUAUAAAUAUAGAUAAGAGAAUAAAAACACCACAGGGCAUCAAUGUAGGACUUUUCUUUGGAAAGGUAUUGGACAUGUAAAACAUGAUAAUUAAAGGACUUUUGUAAAGACAGAACAUGGAGAUAAUUUAUCUAUCUAAGCCUUUUAUCUGAUAGGAGAGUUUACGUAAUGUCGCGUUGUUUCUGAGUUGUAUUCUUAAGUCUGGAUUGUUAAGCCUUUUUGAAGAAGGGAUCAUCUCAGAUAUUGUUACAAUUUCGAAGUUGACCGUCAUAGUGAAGACUGGAACAAAUACUUUAAUUCACAUUUAGAACUAAAUCAAUUAGGAUCAAUGUACGAGGUUCCAUUUCAAUGUAGUUAUAUUCAACUUUUCAAUUCGGAACAUUUCAUCUAUCGGAUUGUGAACCGUUACCUAAGACUCUAAGUAUUACCUAAAACUCUAAUAUUCAUAAAUGCAACAUUUUCUCUUAAUUUGAGUACAUAGAAGUAACGCUUUAUAAUGUCAUUUUAGCUCCACAGUACCAAGACAAAUUACAUUAUACUUUGACCGACAAAAAGGGUGUGCACGCUUUUAAUUUGCUCUAACUGUAAACAACUGGGGUGUCCUAAUUAGAUCCCACAUUAUAAGACAAAAGCAAAAAGCUUUCCUCGCUCUUACUCACUUUGAAGCAAUUUAGCUCUUAGUACUACGUAUUAAAAAGAUGAAAUUAGCUUAACAUAUAAAGUGGAUGAGAUGAAGUUCUUAGUUUUGCUCGGCUACAUUUUAAUAUGACGGAAAGUGGCUAAAGGCAAGGAUUCUAGAAAUUACUACAGACAGAACGACAGGUCUAAAGAAUGUUGGCAAAUAUUACAGAUGCUAAACUAACCCAGAUUGUCAUCUUCAUCAAUGUGUUUUGGACUAUGUUACAAAAUAAUAAAGCUGUAAUUCCAAGUAAAGUUGAAAUUAACUUGAUAUACAUAGUAUCUGAACUUAGAGCAUGUACAUUUUCACAUGAACUUCAAACCUAGACCAAAUAUCAGUUCGCCUCACCUAAGUCGAGAGCAGUCAUUAGAUGAUAUUCCC